CGGCGCCGUCCCCUCCCUCAGCCUGCAGGGCGCGACAUGGCGGCGGGGCGGGCGCUGCUGCUGCUGCCGCCGCCGCCGCUGCUGCUGCUGCUGUUGUUGGCGGCGGCGGUGCCGGAGCCAGCGGCCGCCGUGUGGCCGCAGCCCCAGGCCGAGCGCUCCCCGCCGGGCGGCGGCCGUUGCCUGCUGCCUCCCCGCCGUUUCCGCUUCGCUUACGCCGCCGGCUCCGCCGUGGGGCCGGGCUGCGCCGUGCUGGAGGCGGCAUUUCAGCGGUACUGGGCGCUGCUCUUCGCCGCCGCCCGCCCGAGCGAGAACGAGCAGCCCUGGGGGACGCCCUGCACUCAGCUCCUCGUCUUUGUUGCCACGCCGGGCUGCGAUGGGUUUCCCAGCCUGGACUCCAAGGAAAGCUAUAAGCUGUCCGUCUCGGAAGGCUCCUUGCUGCUCUCUGCGGAUGCUGUCUGGGGAGCUCUCAGAGGCCUGGAGACGUUCAGCCAGCUUGUUGGGAGAGAUGAGAACGGCACGUACUACAUCAACAAGACGGAAAUUGUGGACUUUCCCCGUUUCCCUCACCGUGGACUGUUGCUGGACACCUCUCGUCACUACCUGCCUCUGAGAGCCAUCCUGGAAACUCUGGACGUCAUGGCUUACAACAAGUUCAAUGUGUUUCACUGGCACAUUGUGGACGACCCGUCUUUCCCCUAUGAGAGCCUGACCUUCCCAGAGCUCAGCAAGCAGGGAGCUUUCAAUGCAAUGACCCACGUAUACACAGCCAGUGACGUCCAAACGGUGAUCGAGUACGCCCGGCUGCGUGGCAUCAGGGUCAUCGCAGAGUUCGACACUCCUGGGCACACGCUUUCCUGGGGUCCAGGUGCUCCGGGCCUCCUGACUCCCUGCUAUUUGGGCAAGUACCCUUCUGGGACCUACGGGCCCAUCAACCCCAUCCUUAACAGCACCUACCAGUUUGUGAGCAGUUUGUUUCAAGAGGUCAGCGCCGUGUUCCCAGACUUCUUUCUUCACCUCGGGGGUGACGAGGUGGACUUCACGUGCUGGAAAUCCAAUCCAAAAAUCCGUGCCUUCAUGAAGGAGAUGGGCUUUGGCAAAGAUUACAAAAAAUUAGAGUCAUUCUACAUCCAGAGGCUUCUGGACAUCAUCUCUUCCCUCGGCAAAGGUUAUAUCGUGUGGCAGGAGGUGUUUGACAACGGAGUGAAGGUGAGGCCGGACACCAUCAUCCACGUGUGGAAGGAGAACUCCACGCCGUACAUGGAGGAGAUGGCAAAUGUCACCAAAGCUGGCUACCGGGCUCUGCUCUCCGCCCCCUGGUACCUCAACCGCAUCUCCUAUGGGCAGGACUGGAUGGCGGCCUACCAGGUGGAGCCCUUGAAGUUUGAAGGCAGCCCUGAGCAGAAGGAUCGGGUGAUCGGCGGAGAGGCGUGCAUGUGGGGUGAAUAUGUGGACGUCACUAACCUGGCCCCCAGGCUCUGGCCGAGAGCCGGUGCCGUAGCCGAGAGACUGUGGAGUAACGCGACCGUCAGGGACCUGCAAGAUGCCUACGUGCGGCUGGCCGACUUCCGCUGCAAGCUCCUUGGGCGCGGUGUCCAGGCGCAGCCUCUCUACGUAGGAUACUGCGAAAACGAAUUUGGUGGGUUUUGAAGGGAGGGUCCCGCUGCCCUCGGUCGCUGUGUGCGCAGGAGGAACGAUCCCCCUCUCAAAAGCUGCUGCCGUGGCAGAGGGACCCCUUCCCGUCCCUGGCUUCUGCUCUUGCUUUGUUGCACUGAACUUUUUUUUUUUUCUCUCUUUGCCUCUUUUUUUUCUAUUUUUAUUUCUUUAAAUCUAUAAAUAAAUGACCCCGAAGAGGAAAAAGGGGCCUUUCUCAUGCUCAGCUGGCAGAGCUGGCACGGUUGGGGUUCUCCUCCUUGGACGUUUGGGGUUGCCGCGCUGGAAAACUGGGUUCAACUCAAAGUUUGGGGGAAUGUCUCAGGGAGAAAUUGUUGUGCCAUGCGUUUUGGUCUUAAAUGGGAGUGAGAUCUGUUGUUACGGCUGGAAAUGUUUUACUAUUGAACUUUAAUUUAAAAAUAUGGAAUUAAGUUUGAAUUAAAAAUAUUCAGGAAUUAA